AUGAUUCUGGAAGGUGGAGAAACACGAUGGCUGGGAAUGGGAGUAGUGUUUGGCGAUUAUGGCACGGAAUUGAUGCCUGGAUGGGAGAAAGGAACAGUUGGAUAUCACACAGAGGACAGGAAAAUUUUUGAUACACUAGCGUGCACUGGCGGGAGAAAGACUAUAGGUUUGUAAUCUACAUUUUGUAUUCUGAUUAACGAAGGCAAAUUAUUAGUUAUAUUGGGUGACAGGAAAAUGUACGACACACUAGAGAGAAACAAUGGAAGAAAAUCUGAUUCAAGGAAGCAUAAGUAUCGCACUUGAAAAUAUUUUGGCUUACAUGAAUAAGUUAGUCCUAAAGAGUGUAGCUCGGAAGGAUGACUAAAAGGAAAAGUUGCAGUCAAAGUUUUUGAUGAGUCCGUUCAUUUUUGCUCAUUUUAUAUUAACGAUUUUCGCAUUAAAUAACCCACGCGACAGUUUUUACUGAAAAAAAAAGUUGUAAUGGUUCAGAUGUACUACUACGAGUGCCUAUUAGCCUGAUUUUAACCCUUCGAUUUGUAAAGACAGUUGAUGGUUGGUAAGGAGUUAAAUUAUUAUUAUUUGUUUUUCCCUUAAUAAGGCUCUACCGCAGCUCGCCGAGGUGACGUCAUUCGAUGCACUGUCAUGUUUGAAGACCAGCUAGAGAUAGAUGGUCAAAUACGUAUUCCUAUUGUUUUUAGUGUAAACGGAGGCAAGAUAACUCCGGAAGAUAAGAACCCAUCUUAUAUUGAAUACAGCAUGGACAAACCUCUGUUCCCCUACCUGGCCUUUCAAUUCAAAAACAGCGUUCUGGCUAAGGUAAAUUACCGCGGUAGACAGUUCUAA